UGAUAACGACAAUUCAAAUCGUGAUUUGAAGAUAUCUUUAAUUAUGGUUCAAAGUAAUGGACGACAAGAUUAGAGUGUAGGAUGUCGUGUAGUGUUGUGCGAUUGCCGAACGAAUGAUGUCGGCCAUCAAACGCGGCAACGAUGACGAGUCGACCGGCGGCGGUCCGGUGUCUAAGAAGGCCAGGGGUCCAGAGACGGCCGAGGAACGUGUGCUGGAGAUCAUCAAGAGCUCCGGCAACAAAGGCGUCUCCGACGACGAUCUGAUCAAAGCCUGUCCGGUGCUGACUAUCGAUGAACGCGUGGAUGUGGUCAACAAACUGAUUAUGUCCAACGCCAUCACGUUGCACAAGGUGAAGGACACGCUUAGGUAUAAAUAUAAGGGUCCGACCGGGUCGGUGCCCGGCGACGCUAACACCGAGGAGUUGGUCGUGUUCAACCUGAUCCGCGACUCGGGCCGCAAAGGCAUAUGGAUACGGGACGUACGUAUUAAGUCCAACUUAGGUCUGCCACGGCUGAAGAAGAUCCUCAAGUCACUGGAGACGAAGAAGGUCAUUAAGGCCGUCAAGUCAGUGGCGGCCAGUCGCAAGAUUGUAUACAUGCUCUUUGAUCUGGAGCCAGACAGCUCCAUCACUGGCGGCGCUUGGUAUUCCAAUCAAGAGUUUGAGUCUGAGUUCAUCGAAGUACUCACCAAACACAGUUAUAAAUUCUUGGAAGCGAAAAAAUCCAAAGCCCUGAAAAAUACCAGCAUACGCAGCCCAUUGGUCAAAUACAACACUUCAUAUGCUACUGCUGACCGCGUUUUGGAGUUCAUAUCGAAGACUGGCAUCAGCAAAGUGAGGCUUACUGCAGAGGACAUUAUCUCCAUACUUGAUCUGUUGGUCUAUGAUGGGCUGGCGGCAAAGCGCGUAAAUACUGAAGGGAAAGUUGAGUAUCGUUCCAUCAAAUCUUUGUUGAAAAGAAAUGCUGUGAGUUUCUUACCCUGUGGUAGCUGUCCUGUGAUUAAACGAUGUUCAGAUGCAAAUCAAUUAAAUUGCUUAAACUGUAAACAUAUGAAAAUUUGGACAACUAUUUAAUACCAGCUUAAUUACUUUUUGUUUAAUGUUUUGAAAAUUAAAAUUUUCUACCACUUGUA